GGCACAUACUAGGACAGCUAUCGGCGCUAGGACCUCCUCCUCCUCCUCGCUGCUGUGUGUUUGUGUGUAGCAUGUUAGCCGGUUAGCCUGUGCUGUGUUUAAAGCGCUGCGCGGGUUUAUAUGUUUGUGAGUAUAAAUGGAGCUGUACUCGGGUUUAUACGGAGAGCCCGCAGACCCGACUAAACAGCAGGAGAGACACUACUACCUGCUGUCUGAACUACAGAGCCUGGCCAAAGACCUGCCCAGCUCUUUUCAGCAGCGUUUGUCCUACACUACACUGAGUGAUCUGGCUCAGGCUCUUAUAGACGGAACCGUGUAUGAGAUCGUCCAGGGUCUGCUGGACAUUCAGCACCUGACUGAGAAGAAUCUCUACAAUCAAAGGCAAAAGCUGCACAGCGAGCACAGAGUACUAAAACAGGACCUGUUGCGGAAACACCGACUGGCCCUGCAGAGCUGCAAAUCUCACAACGUGACUGUGCUUAAAACAAACCAGAAAGCAGAAACAGAGGCUCUGGAGCAGCGUGUCAAGGAUGAGCAGCGAAUGAUGGAUGAGAAGAUCAUAGCAGAGAUUGACCAGAAGGUCAUAGACCAACAGAACACACUGGAGAAAGCAGGAGUGCCUGGAUUCUACAUCACAACCAACCCACAGGAAGUGACGAUGCAGAUGAACCUACUGGAGUUGAUCUUGAAGCUACAGCAAAAAGAGGAGAAAUCAGGAACUCUGCCUUGAGGCCAGCAUGGGUCAAGACUGAGUUCUGCAAUCAGCUAAUAGCUGCAUACAUGGGAGGACCCUUAAUUUCUCCUUGUAUUUGCGGAAAUGUAUGUAUGCGCUAGUGGUAGCAAUUACAGGGCAUCUCCUGAUAAAUCACAAUACAUCACAAACGAUAACUAUGAUAUCAUGUGUUACUGAAGAGGAUUAAGAACUUUUUUACACAGUGGCUGUUUAGAGAGAGAGAGUGAGAGAGAGAGAUGGAUUCUGUCUCCCUGUCAUCCUGCAGCAGGAUGUAUUAUUUGUUAAGUAUAAUAUUUUUGUUUUCAAAGAAAUGUUGAUUUCAUAUGUUAAAUUAUAGUGAACCUGUGGGGAUUGGACAUUUGUGACUUCUUUUGAAGAUUAAUGAUUUCAAUGUUUUCAAUUUGUAAAUAAAUGUCUCAAAUGUAUAGUAAACAAAA